AAAACUGAACGGCCGUGUAACUGUGUUAGUUAGUUCGACUUGAACCACGCGAGCGAGUGGACGUGUACGGUGCGCCGUGUUUUAUCGAUUUUAGUUCCCCAUCGCUUACAUUCUCGGGGGGACUCAGAUAGUCAGUCACUAUUAUUUGUUGACAGCCGCACGUUCUAAACUGCAAACAGGGCCCAAGAAGUGCGCAUUUCCCGUGCCAGAGCGGAUGUUUAUACGGUAGUACGGCGGCGCAUCUGUGGUGUUCGGUUUGUCCAACAAAUGGCGGAAACGACGAUACGUUACGAUUGAUCCAGAACAAGCAGCACUACCAGUAAACGGUUCCAGCCUUAUGCUUUCUGACUGCAAAGCGAGGAAAAAUCGACCGGAUUCAACAGGCGUUGCGAUAGAAUUUUCGUUUAGUGGUGCGAAAAUGUCACCACGGAGCUAGGGUGUUGUGACGAUCCUGCGACACGUUUCACAGCCCAUCACGGUCGUGAUGGUAGUAGUGCUGGUGUGAUUAGAAAGCACACACAGCAGCGAGAAAAAAAGAUGCGAAUUCUGACAGCAGCUGCUGGGUGGUGAAUAUUUUGACAGCCGUGGGUUUGUUUACCAUCGCGCGUCCGACGACAACCAGCGUGAAUGGAAAACUAGGAAAAAAGUGCAUUCACUUAAUUCGUUUCAUCGCAUCGUCACACACCACAUCGCUCGUUGUUGUUGUUGGGUGGCUGCUGUGCAAAUCGAUUGCCCUUCUGCUGCUACUGCUGUUGCAUUUGCGCACUAUUUCCCACUGGAAUCGGAGUUCUACGGGCGGCGUGCGAUAGGAUCUUGCUGGAAAAACGGAAACAUUGGUGCAGUUGGGAAAAUAGCAUACAUUUUGGACGCGACCAGCUGCUACGGGUUGUUUGGUGGAAAAGUUAGGAAAAAGGGUGUGUGAAUGUGUGGUAGCUACACAAGCUGCCGCCAUCGUGUGUGUUUUGAUAACAGUGUGCGCUUGUGUGAUCAAAGUGUGUGGAUUUAGUAGUUAAAAAGCAUCUGGUUGCUAGAUGAAGAAAAGUGUUUUUCCCUGUAUCCUUUGAAGUGCUGCCGUGUGUUGUGGCUGUGUGAAUAGUAAAAAAGAAAAGAAAAAGAUAUCAAACGAGGAAAAAUCAGUGCAUAUUUACUCACAUUUCAAGCGUGCUCGGUAGUAAACACGGGCAAGGUCAAUGUUAUUACGGCACACGUCCCAACAUCAGAGAGCCCGGAUCGAUUGAUUUACGGAGCAGUUUUCAUGUGUGAUUCAUGCACCCGAAGUGGUGUUUUGCACUAGUGGCAAGAAGAACGAAGAAAAUUUAAAGCCGUAAAACCUAGGCACCAGUGUUGUAAAAAAGCGGCCUUUUGAUUUAGCAAAAGAAAGGGCACAGCACCACAGCCAGAAGGGGACAAGGCGACGCCUCCCGUCACACACAUCCCCGAUCAGCAGAGCGCCCGAUCGCAGCAGAGCCAGCACAGACAUGGCGCCGAAAUCGAGAAAAAAGAAGGCAAACGCGCGCGUACUAACAUGCUACUGCGAGGGCCACUGUCCAGGAAACGUACAGAAUGGAACGUGCGAGACGCGACCCGGCGGUUCCUGCUUCGUAUCGGUUGAGGCAGUGCUGGACGAGGAAACGAAGCAGCUAGUGCCGGAAUGGAGUCACGGCUGUAUGUCACCGGAGCAGGGUGGUGGAUUACUACAGUGCAAAGUUGGUCAAGUGUCCCCGCAACUACACGGCAAAAGUAUCGUCUGCUGCGACAACGAGGAUCUAUGCAACCAAGACCUGAAACCGAACUACAGUCCCCGCACCACAACCACCCCGGAACCCCCGCUGGUGAACACGAACACCAUGCCACUGUUUGCGCUCGUCAUAUCCGUUGCCUUGUGCCUUGGUUUGCUGGUUCUCGUCCUUGGUGCGAUCUACUGUAUGUACCGAAGGCGCGAAAAGCGAAAACCGGCCUACCUGAUGAACUCGCUGUACAACACCACCAACGGGCACAUGCCGAUAGCGGACCUGGUAGAGCAAACGAGCGGCAGCGGUUCGGGAUUGCCCCUGCUCGUGCAACGCACCAUCGCCAAGCAGAUCCAGAUGGUGCACUCGGUCGGCAAGGGCCGGUACGGUGAGGUAUGGCUAGCGAAGUGGCGUGACGAGAAGGUAGCGGUGAAGAUAUUCUUCACCACCGAGGAAGCGUCCUGGUUCCGGGAGACCGAAAUCUAUCAGACCGUACUAAUGCGCAACGAAAACAUCCUGGGCUUCAUUGCGGCCGACAUCAAAGGGACGGGUUCGUGGACGCAGAUGCUGCUCAUAACGGACUAUCACGAGCUGGGUUCGCUGCACGAUUACCUCCAGAAGCGUGUGCUCAACCCGCACAUGCUGAAAACGCUCGCCUUUUCGCUAGCGUCCGGUGUGGCGCAUCUGCACACGGAAAUCUUCGGCACACCGGGCAAACCAUCGAUCGCGCACCGUGACAUCAAGAGCAAGAACAUACUGGUGAAGCGGAACGGGCAGUGUGCGAUCGCGGACUUUGGGCUGGCGGUGAAGUAUACGAGCGAGCUGGACGAGAUACAGAUUGCACCGAACUCGCGCGUCGGUACGCGCCGCUACAUGGCACCGGAGGUGCUGAGCGAAACGCUCGAUCUGAAGGUGUUCGAAGGCUUCAAGAUGGCGGACAUGUACUCGGUGGGGCUGGUGUUUUGGGAGAUGGCGCGGCGCUGCAUAACGACGGUGCGGGGCGCUAAAAACACGACCACGUGCGAGGAUUACGCGCUGCCGUACCAGGAUGUGGUACCGUCCGAUCCGAGCUUCGAGGAUAUGUAUGCGGUGGUGUGCGUGAAGGGCGUCCGGCCACCGAUCCCGCAGCGGUGGCAGGACGAGGACAUUCUCGUAGUAUUAUCGAAGAUCAUGCAGGAAUGUUGGCACCCGAGCCCGGCCGUACGGUUAACGGCGCUGCGGGUCAAGAAAACGCUCGUCAAGCUCGAGACGGACUGUACGAUUAAGAUAGUGUAAAGAAGCGACCGAGGGGAGCAUGAUUAUUGCCCGGUGGUUUCGUGCUACGUGCUAAGAGUAAGAGCCUUAUUUAUUCGUCGCCGCCAUGCCGGCCUACUGUGAGCCGGUGGGUCGAGAGUCCGGGAUAUUGUUGUAAAUAUGUUCAUCGUGUGUUCCCCAUCGCGCACCGGAACACGCCGCGCACCGGUUUCUCGCCACGCGGCGGUAACACACGCGGUUCACAGAUGUUGGCGCGCGCGCGCGCGGUCUCUCUAUGUUUUUAUAUUUGCCAUACUUUAACCCUUAAGGUGUGUAGGCUUAAGAACGGUAGUACUAGGCACUAGUGAACAAUAGCGCAGACCGGCAGCGUACAGUAGGUAGGGAACAUCCGCUUUUUGGAAGGAUGUGAAGACAGUUUACUACUGCCUCAAUUCGUUUUAAUUUUCUUCACUGAAAAUGACACAACGAAAAAGGCACCUGACAAAGGGUGUAUGUGUGUGUGUGCGUGUGUAAAUGCGUCCACUAAAUGCUUUAUGCGUAUAGGUGUAAAUUUCCGUUUGGUUUGUAGAUUUGAGCUAGAAUAGGAAUUAGGAAGGAAAGACACACACACAAACACGUACACUUUUCCCUUUUCUUAAGCAAUUGUUAAAACAAGGCACUCACAACCUUACAUCCCCUUCACAGGAAAAUUCUUUCCCCCCCCCCCCCCCCCCCCGUAACCUUCCGGAUCCAUUCAACCGGUUUCGUAUUUUCUCAAUGUUGAGAAAAGGAUUUAGUUUCCAACUCAUUGUACAUACCGUAAACAGAAGCAGAUUGCGAACACAAUACAUUGGGAGGACAUUGUCGGACUCUUCGUUUUUGAUAAGAGUCGUUCGGUUUUAGUUUUGUUUAAAAAAGAAAUAAAAAUAGUUUAUUUUGCUUAGGGUUAAUGCUUAGGAUGCGAAGUGCGCUCACCUGUUUCACACGCAGGUCCGGAACACAAUACCAGAGAAGCGUGUGUGUGUGUGUGAAUGCGUGUGUAUGUAAGCGUUUUAGAGCGUUGUGUAGAAUUUUAUGACAUGUUAGCAGCAGAGGUGUUUUGUUUUCCCUUCUGGUAGGUUUUAGUUCAUUUACGACAAAAAAUACUUGUAGUGUGUAGUGGUGAAAAUAAAUAACAAAAAAAUACAAUUCGAAAUGUGUAAUAACGAAA